AUGGAGUCCGGACCGAGCUUGCACUUGAUGGCCUAUGGCGUUGGGACGCUAUGGUUCAAAGACUCCGAAGGAGAUAUCGACGAUCGUACAGUCGAGGCUAUUCAGGCAGCAAUUGGCGCAGGUUUUCGCCAUUUCGACGGGGCUCAGAUGUAUAACACAGAAGCCGAAGUUGGACUGGCGAUCGAGCGGUCAGGGGUGCCCCGAUCUGAAAUUACCCUGACAACCAAAGUAGUACAUCUCGACGAUGUGGAGGCACGUCUGGAGGAUAGCCUCGUCAGGCUAAGGACUGAUUAUGUUGACAACUACCUCAUCCAUUCCCCCUUCUCGGCCAACUCGUCGACGAGCGCGCUUCAAAACGCAUGGCUGGGAAUGGAGAGGUGCGUCCAGCGCGGCCUCGCACGUCACAUUGGGCUUGCAAACUUUGCCAUCCAACAUCUAGAACCGAUCCUAGAGAUUGCCACUAUUAGACCAGCCCUCAACCAGAUCGAAAUGCACCCGUACCUACAACAGCCAGACCUGCUGGCCUACCUUAGCCGCAACGACAUUAGAGCUCAAGGCUUUGCCUCACUGACACCGCUGACGAAGGCAUCGCCAGGGCCGGUAGACGACGUCUGCAAGCACUUGAGCGAGAAAUAUGGUGUCAGUCAGUCAGCCAUUCUCCUGAGAUGGGUCAUCGACCAAGGCGCUUCGGUAGUCACGACCAGCGGAAAUAAGAACAGACUACAAGGAUACUUAGAUGAAUCCAUUAACUAG